GGCGUGGCUUCAAACUACUCCCUUCUAUCUCUGAACAACUCGCCGUCAACGGAAAUAUGGGGGAUGGGACGUGGGCGCACUCAGCAUAAGUAGCCACAAGACUCGUCGGUACCUUGCAAGAGAAACCUGGGGGUUCAGUGUCUCCCUGUGAGCUCGUGUGCCGACUGCCAAAUCCACUGUCAUUCAUUCACUCGCAACCUACCCUAGACGGGCUCGGAUCAGGAGCGAUGACAUCUCAACCCGUCGUCCUCUCACCAGCAACGCCCUCUGAGCUCCUCUCAUACAUCAUCUCUUACCAUCGGUAUCCUGCAACCCUUGUUGUCGGUUGUUCUAAGCAGGAAUUCCUCGAUGCCGUUGUUGAGGAUGUUAUUCACCACCUCUCCCUAAAGGAUCAGGAGCCUCAAGAAAACGUCAAGGAAGACAUUCCACCACAUCCGUUCUUAAAGGCCCCUCUAUACCAAAUCGCUGUGUCCCGACACAUACGAAUCGCCUUCACGCCAACCGUCACGCACCUCCGCUCCUACCUAUCCGUCUUCUCCCCAGCGGACUCUCCCAUUCCGGCACCCCCAAAUCACGUCGCAGACAGGAAACCGCCACUGUUACUGGUCUAUGGGCUACUGGCUCUUCAUCGCGAUGCCAGCGAGUGGUCUGCGCAAGGGAUUGGAAACUCAGCCGCGGUUUUAGCCGACUGCGCCGCACGCAACAAGUUCCGGCCGGUUAUUGUUGAGCCGAGGAGCGCGGGCGGACAUGAUGAACUGGAUCAUCUUGGCAGGGAGGUGAUUCCGCUUCUGAACGGCACCGCAAGGAAGGACGAUGGAUCAUGGAGUGGACGGAGUGUUAGCAUUCGGCAAGUUUUGAGCCGCUGGUUCGAGUUUGAAUCUCGGGAGUGGGAAAGCAGAUAACCGGCAUGUUCUUUAACUCGUAACAGGAACGAUACCGUGCUCCGCCGCAAGGAAGGCAUCUAACUACAAACGUUUCAGGGCACUUAGUUACUCGAAACACUUGGAGACUCAAAGUGGAAGAUCAUAGCA